AGUCUCGCCAGCAUGGACUUUGAACAACAGACAUAUACCGGUCCUGUCGACUGGAACAUCCCAAGUCCUACGGCCACUCCGACCUCGACCACCUUCGCCCACAAUGCCUUUCAAACGCCCAAGACGACCAACUUCCCGUCCCACUUCCAAGACGCCUUCACCACACCUCAAAUGCCGAGCUAUACCACACCCCGGCGGUCCGAGUAUGCCACCAUGACACCCAUGCAAGGACAGCCUCACAUGCAGCCCAACCAAUACUACCCAACUAUGCAAGCAUCUGCUGGGGCAGCACAGGGUCAGGCCAUGCCACCACCACAUCAAGUCACUUUCCAGCGGAGUCCUGCCGCAUAUGGAUACUCCCAACCACCUCAAGUCCAUCACGCCGCCGCCAUGUCCUUUGACUCCUCCCACAUGCAGACUCCACCACCCACGAGAGGAAGUUCGGUCAAGAAACCGGUACCGCAAGACGUGGCUUUUGGCACACCCUCUACUAUUGCUUCGCGGAGGUUCAUGACGCCUCAACAGGGCUACACUUCCAGUCAAGCAGUACCUGCAACACAAGCAAUGCAAUACCCUAAUCUGCAGUUUCCGCCGGAGGUCUAUCAGUUUGGCAAUCUAGGACCUCAAUCAGCUCCUGUCUUUCCUCAAACUCAGUUGUUGUGGGGAAGUCCGCCAAUGUACAAGGAGCAACAGCAGCAGCAGCAGCAGCAGCAGCAGCCUAGUCUGGAUGAUCCAUUCGCGCCAGUCUCGGUGCAGCCCAUCCCUUGGUCGAAUGCUCCACUGCAGUCGAACGUACAGGCGACGUCCUUUGACACUCCCGCAAUGGGCAGUUUUCAUCAUGUGCAAGCGAUGCUCAGACCAGCUUCAGCCGGGCAAUACAACACUUCACACGCACCACCACAAAUGCCACCCAUGACCUCCGCGAGCGUGGAUCCUUCUUUGGUGUAUAGCUCGCCCAUUCGGCCUGUCCUUCCGUCGAACGCCUCCUCCGCCCGUAAGGUGCGUCCGCAAGGACCUGAGAUGGCUCGGCAAGACAGCCCCAAUUCCGAAGAUAAACAUUCAGACACUUUCUCCUCCACGGACACAACCAACGGCAUCAAUGCUGCAGACCAACUUCGUCGAAGCAACCCCACAGGUACGAAUCGACCUAAGAUCUCUGAAACCCUUAGUCGAAGUAGCAGCGCACUCUCCGUGCCGCGCACUGCGUCUCCUCUCAAACGAUCUCGCAAGCCCGUCCCGCUUGGCUCCAUUUCCGAAACGAAGAAACCACCUCCGCGUCCACGAAACUCCAUCGUUCUCACUGUCGAUGAGUCGGGUCGUGCCAGUGCCGUUAGCACUCGAUUCGUCAACACCUGCAGCCCAACAAAAGACAAAGCCAUUCGCGACCGCUAUCCUGGUCUGUUCGAUUCCGACUCGAGUGAUGAAGAGGCGUCGGAGGAUGAGAAGGAUGACAACACACCUUCCCGGACAACAUCGUUCACGUCGCUGGCCCGCACCAAGUCUAUUCGACUGGAUCCGCCGGUAGAGAACCUCGAAGGCUUGUCCCUCCCACGAUCCGGAUCUGCCAUGUCGAUGAAGGUCACACCUUCCCGCGCUGCCAUCGCCGCUGCAGCCUCUCUCCGUCGAGGAGGAAGUCUACGCAAGCCAACAAAUACGGGGACCACCCCCAACGGCCGCAGAGUGACUAGCUCUUCCGCCACAAGCUCGAUCGAUACCUGUCCAAUGGACACAUCCUCGCCGAUAGGAGCUGCCACGUCAAGAGGACCAGAAGAUUUCUCGCCCGGCUUCCCAGGCUGGAACCCGCAUACUCUCGACGACCACAAUCGACGAUGGAGCCUCCUUUCCCGGGAACAGCUGCAGCAGUUUCCACACCCACAGCCGAGUGUCUCGCCCACUCAUCCUCCUCAGUACGCGGCGGACAUGUCGUUAUACCAGCAGCCCUCGCGAUCGAUGCAGCAACAUCCACAGCAAAGAGCUGGCAUGGUCAAUGGGCAUGCCGCGAAACGUAUCCGCUGUCACUGCGGCAUCACGGAAGAGAGAGGAUUACCGCUGAUUCAAUGCACCAUGUGCACGCAGUGGGCACAUUGGAGCUGUAAUCCAACGGCCAGCAGUGGACAGGGAGGUGGCUUUACUUGUUGGCUUUCGUUUGAGCGGCUUUCCCUUUUGAACACCCCCGGCUCAACACCGCCAUUGUGGGGCAGGGUAUAUGGGAUGGAGAUUUUCUUUGUUGUUCCUGGAGAGGAGAGAACAACAAUUAUCAUACGACAAUCAUUUCCACCACAACGACGAGUAACGAACAACGACUGGAUUCCCUGCUGGCAAAAACAAGCAACGGCGAUAACUGUAACCGUUCGGAUCUAUCGCGAGACGAGACGAGAUCAGACUGCCGGCAGUCUACGCUCGCAACUGAGACAAGUCCGCAUACACGCAAUCAUCAUACCAAACAGCCAGAUGGCAGCAAGACACUUCCCAUACGGACGCAACACUCCAACGAAUCCGCCUACCAUGCCAGCCUCCAGCUCCAACCCAGCACCUACCUCUUUCUCCACCCGCCACUCAUCAUCCACCCACCGUCACCGCCACCACUACAACAACUACCCACCCCGUUCCUACACCGACCUCACCACAUCCGACAUCUCCCUCCUCGCCCCGAUCUUCGGUCCCCUCCCACCACGCACCCUCUCCAUCCACGCCGCCCACACCACCGCCCAUCGCGCUCAAAUUUCCAACUUGCCCGCCCACCUGCUCGUCAAACCGAGAUACUCGAUCCUCAACUACUUCUGCACCGUACACAAACACCUGGCGCCAUCACCGGUGAACAGCGUACUGGACUUUGUCCGCGACGAAGUCUCCACAGAAGCUCUCCGGGACUGGGACCCCGUCAUUGGAAAAUGCUGGCUCGACCCGGACACGUUGGGUUUACUGCAAGAAAUGAACGCCGUGUGGUACUCUGUGGACAAGUUCACCGCCACGUUUGGGCGAGCUCCACAAACGCAUCGCACGAGAUGGGUCUACCAAGAUGGAAAGUGCAGUGCGUGCAAGCUCAUCGCCGUGGCGGCGAAUGUGCCCGGUAUGAUUGCUCUGGCGGGAUGUCUGGUCGCGAGAAUCAGUCCGCGACUGUGGGGAAGGAGUAAGCGGGUGAGAUGGUUGGAGGCGUGGUUGAGGGGCAGUGUGGAGUGGUCUUUCCAGGGAGAAGGGGUCGUGAGGGCGAUGUGGGAAUGUGCGGUGCGGUUGAGGAGGACGAUGAGGGCUGUUACCGGGGAUGAGAGGAGGUGGGGUGAAGGUAGGAGCGGGGAGAGGAGGAGGGAGGGCGAUGAGGAGAGGAAGUAUGUGGAAGACUUUGUAGCGAAGGUGAGGGAGCCGAUCCGGCCUGGGAGGGAGGCCGGGCAGGAGGAUCAUGUGGCUUGGGUGGAAGGGACGAAGAUGAAGGGCGAGGUACAGAAUCCGAUGAACCCGUUCAUGGGGAGGAGGAGGAGUGGGAGGGCGAGUCAGAGAGAGAUGAGGUUGCCGGAUGUGGAGUUGCCGGGUUCGAGACCGGCGGGCAUGAAGCCUUCAAAGUAUAAGGCACCCGUCGCGGAAGAGUCUUCGAUGCCUGCGAGGCAUGUUUCCGCUCGAAAGCCCAUUCCACCGCCAAAGGAUACACCGCGUCCUCCGACACUACCUCCACCACCGAAGCUGCCGACUCCACCAUCGUCGAAACGCAAGUCGGAAGAUCACAUCCCUCGAACACGCCGCCUCGACUCCCUUGGCUUCUUCGCCCGCGCGCAGAGUAUCCACAACCACUCCACGCCCGAGCAGUCCACCACCGAUAGCCCACCGCCACAUCUCUCCCCAACACCACUCCAAAGUCUGCAAUCCCCGCCGGCCUCAUCCGACAGCAGCACAGGUCUCUUUCCCGCUCCUCUUAACCCUCAUCAGCACCGCCAAUCUUCCUCUCGGAACCCUUACCCGACCAUCACCUCUCCGCGUAAACGAGUUACCAGCUCCAUCUACUCCCGCGCUACGAAUGAUCCUUCCUUCAACUCACCCGUCGAACAUGACGAUCCGUUCUCUCCAUCGUUCGAGUUUUCCGACAUUGAAGAAGAGGAAGACGACCACUUCGACCACCAGAUGAAGGAUGAGUGGGCGGCGGAGGACAGCGAUUGGAAUGCGGAGGCGAGACGAGCGGCGGCUUCAGCGGCUGAAGUGAGAACUGGAGAGGAGAUGAGGAGCGAUGGAGGAGGGAAUUGGUGGGAGACGGUGAAUGAGUGGAGGGAGAGUGAGUUUAUUGAUAGUUAUCGGGAUCGAGGGGAGGAUUUCGGAGAGGCGGAGGGUGGGAUGAGGGGUGGAAAGGGAAAGGGAGUUGUUGGGAGGGGGUUUAUUUGA